AUGACCACCUACUUCCAGAGCCGAGAGUUCUGCUGCAGCCCCAAAAAACCUCACAAAUCGGCAAAGUCCAAGUCCAAAACGGGGAAGGGCCACCACCACACCAAGCACCAUUCCAACUUUCUAACCCCAAACCACCACCAACACAACCAGCCCUCGCCUUUGCACUCGCCCAAGAAACACUCGCUGCUGCCGUCGCCUUCGCCGAGCUACUACCACAUACCGGGCUCGUCCUACCAGCUGGCCCCGCCUUCGCCCAACCUGGUGCCGCAUUCUCCGAGCUACCAUCAGCUGCACGUGUCGCCCAGUCAUCACCAAAUGCAUUUAUCGCUUUCUCAACACCAGAUGCACGUAUCGCCGAGCCAGCACCAGCUCCACGCGUGCCCCGGUCACCAUCACCUACCGCACAACCAUCAUCAUCUCGGGCAGCCGGGUCUCUUCCACCACCACUGCCUACCGCCGCCGUUGCCGCACGCGUCGCAGUCUCUGUCCAUCCACCCGUUCCACCACCCGCUGCCCAUGUGCGCGGCGUUAGCGGGCUACGGCUACAGCACGCUCCCGACGCACCUGGCUCACGCGCACCGGUCCAAGAGUCCCAAAGACGCCAAGAAGAGUCCGUCCAAAGGGAAGAAAGGCAAAGGAAAGCCGUGGCCCAAAGACACGUACAUCUGGACGUCGCGCUGUGACGUGCCGCACGCCAACCUGGUGCGGCAGUUGGCGCCGCUUCAGGUAAGGUUUGGUAACGGUCGUGUGUAA